GUUCGUUUAUUAAAAUUUCCGGUACUUUUAUACAGCGUUCAACUGCUCCGUUCGCUCGCUGGUCACGUGAUUACGGCUCCGCUCAGCUCGCUCUACACUUUGAGCAAAAUACCGAACGCAAGGUAUAUAACACGCUGAGAGAAAGAGAUAGAAAUGGAUAUACCAUACACUCAGUGCGCAUUAAUUUACCGUGGGUUUAUGUAUGUGUGCUCGAUGCAGGCUCAUUCGCGUUCGUUUAUUAAAAUUUCGAACACUAAUACAGCAUUUAACUGCUCUAUGCGCUCGCUGGUCACGUGUUUACGGCUCCACUUAGCAUGCUCUGCUCUUCGAACAAAAUACCGAGCGCAAGGAAAAUGAAGAGCCGCUUUCCAGUAUGAGAGUGUAACGCUCGGAACUACUCGGAGCGUUGCGCCCCCGAGCUAUACGUACGAACAAACGUCACACGUCAUGAUAUUGGAACGGUACGAAUCUAGUGCGUGGCGCUCCCGGGGUGCUAUAUAGAGCGCGCCAAUGUGCAUACCUGGAAAGAAACUAAUGAUUAGUGCAAAGUGUGACACCAUAAUCGAGCAUGCUAAUCCCUUUGUUCGCGGUGGCGAACUGAUUCAGAACCAACACUAUUCGCAUGUGCAGCUCAAAUGUUAUUCACGCGAAGGAACUCUAAUGUUCGCUGUUCAAUUUGAGUAAAGAGGGCUUGAGAUUAGCCACGGUAAGAGUAUACACAAACUGAUGAUACGGAGAAAACGUUGUUUUUCUAUUUAACUCUAAAAUCCAUAUCAAAACAGGCGCAGUACGUACGGAGUACUAAGAGUGCACCGAAUGAGCAAGCCGAACCCAACUUAAAAAUACUCCGAGCAACUGCCGCACACACCGACGUUUCUUUUUGAUAGAUUUCUUUUUUGUUGUUCUCACGACAUUGACAUUUCUCCUCGUUUCUCAUAUAAAAAAAAUACCCCAAAAGCGCCUAGAAAGAAAGCAAAGAAAAAUUGCCAGUUGCCUGUGAAUUUUUGUUUAUACUUCGUGUAUUUCGAGGUUUUUAGUUAGAGACGAAAAAGUGUAGUAUUUUGAACAAGUGUUUCAUGUUAAGCGAGUAAAAUCAUCUGCUCACGAUGUUCGGGAAACCUGCUUUCGGGGCUCCAGCGUCCAGCACUUCAUUUGGUUCUGGCAGUCUUUUUGGUCAACCAGCUGCAUCGACUGGCGGCCUAUUUAACACCUCAUCAACUUUUGGACAACAAAACAAGCCGACUACUUUUGGAUUCGGAACUCCUCAGCCAGCAAACAGCUUUUUAGGAGCCCAACAACCGCAAGCAUCGAGCAUCUUUACCUCGCCAGGCAAUGCAGGUCUCUUUGGUGGCACUGGCACUGCCUUUGGCAGCCAGCCAACUGGCUCAGUCGUUAAGUUUAAUCCAGUCACUGGUACGGAUACCAUGAUGAAAAAUGGUUCUGCUGCUACUAUCAGUACGAAACAUCACAGUAUUACUUGUAUGAAGGAGUACGAGAAUAAGUCCUUUGAAGAAUUGAGGUAUGAAGAUUAUCAAGCCAAUAGAAAAGGUCCCCAACAAGGUAGCACUACUUUUGGUAUUGGAGCUCCAGCUUUUGGAGCUGCACCAACAGCUACUCCCUCAUUGUUUGGACAAAAUGAUGCUAACAAGUCCGCCUUUGGUCAAACCAGUGCGUUUGGCCAAACAUCUACGUUUGGUCAAGCAACUGCAGCACCCUCAACUGGUUUUGGAGCUCCCGCUUUUGGAGCUGCAGCCAGUACUCCAUCUUUGUUUGGUCAGACUGAUGCUAAUAAGUCUGUUUUUGGCCAACCCACUGCUUUUGGGCAAACAACUACUUUUGGACAAAAUACAACUGGUGGUUUUGGAAUGGGAGCUCAACAAAAUACUACAGCAAGUCCCUUUGGGAAGCCCACAGCUUUUGGAGCACCAACCACUUCUGCUGGAUUUGGAUUUGGCAGUAAUGUACCUCAAAAUGCUAACCCUUUUGGAGCUACUACUGCUAAUAAACCUUUUGGAGCCGCUUUAACCAACCAAGCCCAACCAUUAUUUGGUGCUAAUACGUCCCAGCCUAACACCGGAUUUGGUGGUAGUGGUUUGUUUUCUAACCAACAGAAUACUAACACAAUGUUUAACAAACCAGCUCAGCCUACUACAGGUUUUGGGGCAUCCCCUGGAUUUUCUUUCAGUACUCCAGCAUCUACUCAGUCCAGCAUGUUCAAUAAUACAGCGAAACCAUUAUUCGGGGCAACUACAACUGCAGCACCUGCUUUUGGAGCCACAAAUACAUUUGGUGCUACCAGCACCGGUUUCGGAAGUACUUUUGGCAAACCCGCCGCCCCUACAUUUGGACAAGCACAACCUUCUGCACUGGGAACACCCUUCAAUUCAAGUUUUGGAACUACAACUAAUACUUUCGGAACUAACACCAACACUGGUUUUGGUAGUACCUUUGGCAAACCUGGUGCUCCGGCCUUUGGUCAAACGCAAAUGCCUACAUUUAAUUCUGGUGGUUUGGGAAAUAAUACCAGCCUAUUUGGCAACCAAAACCAAGCUAAACCAGGAGGUUUAUUUGGUGGAACCAAUACUAUGUUCAAUACACCAUCUUUCCAACAAAAUUCUUUCGGACUUAGUCAACCCAAUCAGCAACAAACUUCAUUAAUGGGACAGCCAGAACAACAAGUUAAUAACCUGGCACAGCUAACAAGUAGCCCCUUUUUCGAUGCUCCUCAUUUGGCUGGCUUAGAGCCAAAAGUCAAACCAAAUCUUUCAGCAUCUACAACAAAUCCAAAAGAACUUAAAUCCAUACUGGAUGCCAGCGCCAAGACAAUAGGUAUGAACCCAGCGCCAAAACUAAAAAUUACUCCAUUUAAAAAUAUUAGGGAUAGUCUCUUUGAUAAUUACUCUGACUAUACAGACAGUCCUGCUCCUAUUACCCCGUUGAAUAAUUACAAGAAAACUAGUGUCAGGAGAUUGGUUCUAAAGCAGAAAACGCCUACUAAAGGAACCACUCCUGGUAUGAAUUCGCCAAGCGUCUUGGAGGUGUUAGAUAAAGAAAAACGUAAUUCAGUAAAUAGCGGUGACAUAGGAGGGGGCGGGAUGCCAAAUCCUCAGAGAUUGAACUUUGAUGUCACAGCAUACAAUGAUACUUUUUCAAAUAAUUCUAUUGAAACACAAACUCCCAGUGCUGUUAGUGCUAAUGUUAGUAAGGAACAACUACAAGAAAAUAGUGUCAGAGAAUCUUCACCUCCAGCUUCAGAUGACGAAGGUGUCGUAACUAAUCAGGUAGACAGCAAUUUGAUUAGCAAACACCCAGCCAACAUAAUUUGCACAAGACCAGAAUACUACACAAUUCCAAGUCUAGAAGAACUAACUCCAGACGAAAAUGGAAAGUGUAUCGUCAACAGCUUUACCAUAGGCCGUAGGGGCUACGGCAAUGUCCAUUUCUCUGAAGAAAUGGACGUGGCAGGUUUGAAUUUGGACGAACUACUCCAUUUCCGAUACAGAGAAAUAAACGUUUACCCUGACGAAUCUAAAAAACCACCGGUGGGUCAGGGUUUAAAUAGAAGAGCUCAAGUGACAUUGGACAAUGUUUAUCCAAGAGACAGCCGGUCAAAUACCUUGAUCAAAGACGUGGCUGAACUGAUUUGCAUGAAUUUUGCUGAGAAGUUGAGAACAAUAACUGAGAAAAAGAAAGCCAAAUUUAUCGAUUACCGCCCAGAGACAGGAAGUUGGGUUUUCAGAGUGGAUCAUUUCUCAAAAUAUGGAUUCAAUGACAGUGAUGAUGAAAAUGAGCAAAAUGGUUCUGAUGCAGCUAAAAUAGCUGCACAAAAAGCUUUAGAUGCUCAAAAAGCUUUAGCCCCCAAACAAGGAGAGUUAAAAAGGAUUCCAAUUGCAACUGCAAAAGAAAGUCUAGAGGAAAAAGAUGUUAUUUCUAGAGAAACCAGUGCAGGGUCCCAAGAACUAUAUUCUGCAGGAACGUAUCGUUUUGACAAGGACAUUAUAGAUGAUGAUGAGGAGCUACAAGAAAAUGAUGCUCUAAGCCAAGUUGAGGAUGAUGUUUCUGAGAUUGAGUAUCAGCAGUAUGGACAUUAUAUGGAUACCGAUUAUGGAAUGGGUGACAAACUCAGAACCACUAGCAACAUACAAAAAAUGAAAGCUGCUUUCUUUGCCGAAGAUGACAGAUCGUUAGACGGUACUGGCAGUCAGGUUUCCAUUGUGAAACAGUACUAUGAUGUGCUUGAUUCAGACGAAGAAGAAAGGAUGCCAACUUUAUACGAGGAAGAAAUCCGCAACAGCUGUGACAAAGAGUAUCCACCAAUGAUGAGGCCAAUGUUAAGGCCCAAUGUUUGCACACUAGAGACUAUUCAGAUGCCUGAGGAUAUUUCUAAUAUCUUACCAAAUAGGUGUUCUGUCGAUAUGGGUAUGUUCAAGGGAAAAUCCCUUAAAGUUGGUUGGUCCAAAGGUUUCAAUUUCUACAGUGUAGACAACGGAGAAAAUCGAUUCAACAGUGAAUUGACUUUAAAGGAAAUUAAAGCUGCUCCAGAAUUUGAUCCACUCAAGGACAUUUUAAUAGACUCCCUUAAGGUGGUUCUAACAGAAUCCACCCAUCAACUCAACUCCUCAAAAGUACCAACCUUCAAAAUCCUAAAAACUGAUUCAUAUUUGAAAAAACAGAGUGCCAUUUUCGAAAAAUUAUCCACUCAAUAUAAUAAUUGCGGUGCCAAUUAUUUUUACAAUAUUUGGACCUUAUGCACUGCUCUUUGGGGUCCAAACGAGAACACUUUUACCAACAGAAGGCAUUUGCUGUCUGAAUGGCUGAAGUCUACUUGCAUUACUGAUGAGUUGACAUUGAAACCUGGCCCAUUUAAAUCAGUUACUGAAGCUACUCAGAGUAUAUUUACUCAUUUGUCUGUCUUUAAGGUUUUCGAUGCUGCUAAUAUUGCUAUGGAUUCGAGGUUGCCAAAUUUAUCCCUUUUGAUAGCGCAACUCAGUGUAGCUAAUGCUUCUAAAAGCUUUAUACAAGAGCAAAUAGACAGUUGGUAUCGCUUCUUGGCUGCCAACCAUAUUUCGGACGAAUUGAAAAGGAUUUAUUUGCUAUUGUCUGGUAUACCUACUAAAGACGGAUUGAAUAUUUUUGAUGAUAUUGAUUGGAAGAGGGCAUUCGGUAUGCAUUUGUGGUAUAUUUGUCCAAAUGGAGCCCCUAUCGAAACGGCCAUAGAGCUUUUCCAAAAGGCUUUUGAAGAAUAUUCGUACGCUGAAAGGCCUAAUCCUCCAUAUGUUAAAGGAUAUACUGAAGAUGGGCCUUUUGAUAUAAUGUACCAAAUUUUGUCUUUAUACAAUUCUGGAAUUCAUAGGCUUAGCAGCGUUUUGAAUCCUGCCACACAUACUAGUGAUUUGUUGGAUUAUAGACUAAGCUGGCUACUUCUGCAACUCUUCCUCUCUCUAGACGUUGGCCUAAUUGAACAAUCCGAAAUCAACAAAUUUUGCGUCAGCUUUUCUACGCAAUUAGAACACUUAGGUUAUUGGGAAUGGGCCAUUUAUGUACUACUCUACCUUGAAGAUAACUCAGUAAAAACAAAUCUAAUUAUGGGCAUCCUAGACAGAAACUUAAGCGCCGAUUUUGACGAUAACUCACUUGAAACUUAUCAUUUGUUAGUAAACGAAAUGAAAAUUCCACCAGAAUGGAUUCAUUUGGUUAGAGCCAACAAAGCAUUGGCGAAUGAGAAACACUUUGAAGCAUUCAAUCACUUUUCAUUGGCUGAAGAAUAUAUUACAGCCAAUAAAAUAUUUGUUGAAAAAUUGUUACCGAGUUUGUUCAUCAACGAACAAUUCGAUGUUAUAAGGAAUUGCAGUGACAGACUAAAACCAGGAAGCAACGACAUUUUAAAUUGGCACAAAGAAGUCGGUUUUAUGCUCGAAUAUUUGGAUUUAUUAGAACAAUCGAUAUCGUCGGAUAAUUUGGUAAAAUUGCAAAUGAAAUUAUUCUCGUUAACAAACAGACUUGUCACUUUUCCUAUGGAGACAGAUCAGCAAAAGGUUUGCGUGGCUGAAUUAUCAAAAAAAUGUGGUUCAUUGUAUAAAGAAAUUUGCCAUAAACCAUACCAAUUUAGACAAUCUUAUACUAACUUCAUUAGGUCGCUUGUAAUGCCACCGGAUUAUAAACAGAAUGAAGGUCAAUAUUCUUUAUUAAAGUAGUUUUCGUAAUAAUUUUAAUAUUGAUAUAAUAUGUAAUAGGUUUUAAGGAAAGUCUUUAAGAUUGCAGGUAAGUGUAAAUAUUCUAUUUUUUGUUUCAAAAAUUAUUUGUAAUUAUUGAUUUUAUUUUAAAAUUUGUAUUUGUAAACUUUUUUGAUGUUUCUUUUCCCAUUUAUUUCUUUGCAAAAUUGAGUUAAACCGGCAAUGUAGCGUUUUUUAUUUUCUGUCAUUAUGAUGAUGGUGAUUGUUUCGUUUAUUUGUAACCACAUUUACAUAAUAUUAUAAUAAAGCUUUUUUUUAUCAUAA